UUCUCUCUGUGUUCUCUCGAGCUCUAGGAAAGACCUAACGUCUUUGGAGUAUUCUAGGGCUUUUGGGAGCGCGCGCCGGGACGAUCGAUCGUGGCGGCGUGAUUUCUAUGGUAAGAAUCGCAAAUGCCGCGCCCGCGCUGCAAAUCCCGGCGCUGCGGGGAGGCGGCUGAUCGGCAAUGGCGGCGGGUCCGGUUCCUCGUGUCCGCCUCGCCGAUCUAGUCCCCUCGGACGGCCUGGCGAGCGAUUGCUACAAGCAGGCCGCGGUGCUGCUCUUCCAGUCUCUCCAGAAAUAUAGCUUCGCGGUGAUCCAGCUCUCGGCCAGCGACGGCACGCUCCUGCGAUGCGUGCUCGACUCCGCCCGGAUGUUCUUCCACCAGCGCCCUCCGCCGGGGCCAGAGACGAUCCACACGGAGGAUUCACAGAACUGGCACCGCACAGCCGGCUACUACUCGGAUCCACACUUCGCCAAAGAAGUUUUCGACUAUCGGCCAGGGACGCCGGACUCCACCGCCGAGCUUCCACCCACAGGACUUCCGGAGCUCUUCGUCACCCUCGGCACGGCCUCGCGGCACAUCCUCGAGGCCAUAGCUUGGGUUCUGGAGCUCCGGAGCUUCUCCUUCACGGAGUUCCUAGACAACAUCCCUCUCAAGAACGGAGAGGUCUCCAGCUCGGUUCUCUCGGUGUCCUGCCAUGGAAGGCCCGGCUUGCAGCACCCGGGUGCCAUGGAUCUGGCGCCCAUCUACGACGGACACGACCAGAACGCCGAUAAAGGAUUGGUGACGCUGAUGAAGUCGGACAAGCACGGGCUGGAGAUUCGUGACAUGCAUGGGCGGUGGCACUUAGCUGACGGUGGUCUCGGCCCCCAGGACGUGGUUUUGUUCUGCGGACUCUCGCUGUACCAGGCCACCGGGGGUCACGUAACUCCAGCGUUCUUCCGGACCGAGGCCGGGAGUUCUUCAUCACAUAUGCACUUGUAUGGGAGGUGCUCCACGGCUUUCAAGCUCAUGCCCAAGGCCACGGGAUUGCUCCACUGCUUGACGACGUCGGGAGGAGUCGCCGGAUCCAGCCCGUUCCAGCAGUCCGUCACGGUGCACGACUUCAUGCAGCGGUCGCACUCCAUCGACCAGCUUAUCGGCAUGCGGCAGGCCUUCUCGUUUCCGUCGCAGCAAGAAGGUCCGAUGAAGCCGCUCAAGAGAAGAAAGCAGGUUUCUCGGGGCAAGCCGCUGGCGCCAUCGAAGCGCUUGAGGCUGGAAGCGCAGAGGGUGCUCAAGGAGAGGGUCCAGGAGAUUGCCGAGGGGAAGAACUUGAAGAUCCGGUUCUGCAACCUCAAGGACUGCGAGGAGAACCAUCUCACGACGCUGGACAGUCCGUGCUCCAGCCUCCGGGAGGAGCUGGGAUGGCCGCGCGGCGUGCCGCUGGUUCAUCCUCACGAUCUUCCAAACAAGGCCAAGCAAGCGUUCCUCGAGGCGUAUGAGCCGGGGUGGACGGCCUCGCAGGAUGUGGAGCUUGGAUUGAUCGAAGCUGGCCAUUUACACUGUAAGCUCCGAGCUCUCGUCUUUGUUCUUCGCAAAGCUCGCGUUAACUUCUCUCGUGUUCUUCGCUUUGGCAGAACAUCGCUAUGGUUUUGUUUGAUGGAUCAAUUUUUACUAACAUGGUUUUCUACCCAAAGAAAUUCUGACAAACGAGGUGAAAGUUACCUCGUCCCAUUACCUCAUCAUUUUUCCUAUUUACCUAUUUACUAUUUACAUUUAGGGCUUACCUUUAUAAACGAUCACGGGAGAUUCUAGAGC